UUACAGACACAGAGGGAUGAGGAGGAGCAAGGAGAAAAAAAGAGAUACAGUUUAAUUUAAACAGGACAACAUGGGGCACAUGCUGUGUGUAAGUGCUGUCAGACCAGGAUGCAGCAGCUGCUGUUCAGAGAGAAGAAGCUCCCAACAAAUCCAAGGCCUUCAGCACAUGGAAGCAGUGACUACAGCAGAGCUCCACACCCUGCAGAGCUGGAGGUACAGCACACAGGGACCUUGGAGUUACACUGAUUCUUUUCAGGAGCAGGAUGUUGUGGAGAGGUUCAAAUGGAGACAAGACAUCCCAUUUGGAGCUGCCACAUCCUAUGUACAUCUAGAGAAGCUGUGUGAAGGAUCCUGUGCAACUGUGUACAAGGGGAUCAGCAGGAUCAACAGCCAGGUGGUGGCACUGAAAGUGAUCAAGCUGGAGGCAGAGGAAGGAGUGCCCUUUACAGCCAUUCGGGAAGCUUCUCUUCUCAAGUGUUUGAAACAUGCCAACAUUGUACUGCUUCAUGACAUUAUCCAGACCAGGGAGACACUAACAUUUGUCUUUGAGUACAUGCACACAGAUCUAGCACAGUACAUGGGCCAGCAUCCUGGAGGACUCCAUUCAUGCAAUGUUAUGCUCUUCAUGUUCCAGCUUUUGCGCGGCCUGGCUUACAUCCACCAACAACACAUUCUUCACCGAGAUCUGAAACCCCAGAACUUGCUCAUCAGUUGCCUCGGUGAGCUCAAAUUAGCAGACUUUGGCCUUGCUCGUGCUCAGUCCAUCCCCAGACAGACAUACUCCUCUGAAGUAGUGACACUCUGGUACCGUCCUCCUGAUGUGUUGCUUGGAGCUACAGCGUAUUCUUCUGAUAUAGAUAUCUGGAGUGCAGGCUGUAUAUUUGUGGAAAUGAUCCAGGGUCAGCCAAUAUUUGCAGCAACUUCUGGUACUCAUGAACAGCUGGAGAAGAUCUGGGCGGUAUUGGGGGUCCCAACUGAAGACACCUGGCCAGGACUUUCCAAGCUCCCCAGCUAUAACCCAGAACUGGUUGCUUCCAGGAGACCUCAGAGACUCCGAGUCAUCUGUGACAGGAUGAGCAGGGUGCCAGCAGCAGAGAAUUUGGCCUCCAGGAUGCUCACAGCCUUCCCUCGAGGCCGAAUCUCUGCACAAGAUGCGCUUCUUCAUAGCUUCUUCAGCCCUCUGCCUCCUCAGCUCUAUCAGGUUCCUGCUGGGCAAUCAGUGCUCACAGUUCCAGGGGUGAGACUGCAACCUGAAAUCUGUGACCUGUUUGCAUCUUACCGAAAAGGCCGUGUCUCAGGAGGUUCGAGCAAGUUUUGGUAG